AUUUGAGUGCCUAAUCUCUUAUCUGAAGUAUUUUUGUCUAGCACUCUUUUAUCUAGCUCCCCAGGUCUUUAUUAAAAUAAGACAGUGUUAUAACUUGCGUUUUCAUGUCUGUUAUGUAACUAAAAAGACUAUAUUAAAAUAAUCCUGUUGCUAGCACUUGGUUAGGGCUCUUUUGAAAGAUUUUUCUUAGUUGGAGAAAGUUUUUCUCCUUUCUUUGCUGUGGAGUAUUAUCUGUGAGAUGCUACAUGUACCUUGCAAAUGGAAUGCUAUGAGGCAGAAGCAAGGAAGAAGUCAAAAUAUUAUCACUUCAUCAAAAUGGAAAGACAGUGGCUUUUAGUAAUAAAAGCUGAUUUUAUACUUCUGUACACUUCAAAUUGAGAGGAGCUGAGCUGCCUCCUUCCACUAAGAGUGCAUCAACUUGUUACUUGUGAGUAGUGAUGUAGUGAACUCUGGUUCCUUCUGUCCUGUGGAUGCUAAGUUUGUGUUUGUAGCUGUGUAGGUUGCUUGUGCCACACACGCAAAAGCAGUUUGCUACAGAUGAGAGUAGAGUUUAUAUGCAAUUAAUCUCUCAAAUUUCUACUAUAAAUACAUCUUUCAGAGAUGAGUUACAUGAAGUCUUUGUGAUUGAUGGAAAAAAUAAAGGACAUUUUCUUUUUGUUUGAAGAGUACGAGAAUUUAAAAGAAAGGGCAGUGCAACUUAUGGUCCUGGUAAAAACAAAAUGUGUUCAGUUCUUGACCUGCUGGUGGUAGUUAGGCUUACAUUGCACAUGAUACAAAACUACUUAUGUCUGUAAUUUAGACAGAAUUGAAAAUACAGGAGAGCAAAACCUGUCUGCUGUCCAAGAGCAAAACCAACAGUGUUGUUGUCACUGAUGUGUUCAAUUAUGCCUUUUAUUUCAAGAAGCUGUGUAAUUUCUUUGUUCUUUCACUUUUACUUUAAGAUGAUUCAGAUCAUUGGUUCCAUCUUGAAACUGAUGUCUUCUGUGAUGCUUGGGGUAUUUAAAAUACAAGAUGUUUUCCUGGGAACUUGGGAGAGUGCUAGACAUGGAGCCCCAGUGUGGCUACAUUCCCUGCAGUGUUGGACUGGCUUCUGCUGCAGGCUCCUGAGGAAGCCUUCCCUGCACAGUGUUGAAGCAUGAGUGCUGAUGCCAGCCAGGUGAUCACUACUCCUCCCCCUGCCACGAUGCCUCACAAGGAGCGGUACUUCGAUCGCAUCAAUGAGAAUGACCCUGAGUACAUCCGGGAGAGGAACAUGUCCCCCGACCUCAGACAGGACUUCAACAUGAUGGAGCAGAGGAAGAGGGUCACCCAGAUACUGCAGAGCCCUGCUUUUAGAGAAGAUCUGGAAUGCCUUAUUCAAGAACAGAUGAAGAAGGGCAAUAACCCCACUGGACUGCUUGCAUUACAGCAGAUUGCUGAGUACAUUACAGGGAGCACUUUUACAGGUUUUUCCUCAUCUUCACUCAGCCAUGGAAUGAUUACACCCAUCAAUGACCUACCUGGGGUAGAUACCUCCUCGUUUGUUAAGGGAGAAAAACUCACUCGUUGCAAGUUAGCCAGUUUGUACAGAUUGGCUGACUUGUUUGGGUGGGCACAUUUGCCAAAUACCUAUAUCACAGUAAGAGUAAGCAAAGAACAUGACCACAUUCUAAUUAUUCCAAGAGGGCUGUCUUUUUCUGAAGCUUCAGCUUCUAAUUUGGUCAAGGUGAACAUCCUAGGAGAUGUAGUGGACCAGGGAAGCACAGCUCUCAGUAUUGACAGUGUGGGCUUCAGUCCACACAUGGCCAUCUACUCCACCCGCCCCGACGUCAGAUGUGUCAUACACAUCCACACCCCUGCCACAGCUGCUGUUUCUUCUAUGAAGUGUGGCAUCCUUCCCAUAUCCCAAGAGGCUCUGAUUCUGGGAGAUGUUGCUUAUUACAACUACCAGGGAUCUCUUGAUGAACAGGAAGAGAGAAUUCAGCUUCAAAAAGUUCUUGGACCCAGUUGCAAGGUGUUAGUUUUGAGAAACCAUGGUGUGGUAACACUAGGAGAGACACUGGAAGAAGCAUUCCACUAUAUUUUCAAUGUGCAACUGGCCUGUGAAACGCAGGUUCAUGCAUUGGCUGGAGCAGGUGGGAUAGACAAUCUCCUACUACUGGAUCUGCAGAAGUUCAAGCCUUCCACACACGCCGUGGCAGCAAUGGGAGGAGGUGGAGUUAAUAUGGCUUCACAACAAAAAUGGAAAGUUGGGGAGCAAGAAUUUGAAGCACUCAUGAGAAUGCUGGACAACCUGGGAUACAGAACUGGCUAUGCCUAUAGGCAACCAUUAGUCAGGGAAAAACCCAGACAUAAGAGUGAUGUUGAGAUCCCAGCCACUGUGACUGCCUUUUCCUUUGAAGAUGAUACAGUCCCACUUUCCCCCCUGAAAUUCCUUGCACAGAGGCAACAGAGAGAGAAGACAAGAUGGCUGAACUCUCCAAACACAUACUUGAAAGUGAAUGUGCCUGAGGAGUCCUGGAAUGGGGAAACCAGUCCCAGGACUAAGAUCACAUGGAUGAAAGCUGAUGACUCCUCCAAGACUAGUGGAGGAACGCCAAUCAAAAUUGAAGAUCCAAACCAAUUUGUUCCUCUAAACACAAACCCAAGUGAAGUGUUGGAAAAGAGAAAUAAGAUAAGGGAGCAAAACCGAUAUGACCUAAAGACAGCAGGACCUCAGUCUCAGCUGCUCGCAGGGAUUGUUGUGGAUAAAAAGCCAAGUUCACCAGUGCAGUUUGAUGAUGAGCACGCGCCGCCAGCACCACCCAACCCGUUCAGCCACCUCACCGAAAAGGAACUGGAAGAGUACAAGAAAACCAUUGAGCGCAAGCAGCAGGGGUUGGAAGAUGCUGAACAGGAAUUAUUCUCAGAUGACGGUUCAUCUGUGUCGCAAAUUCAGUCACAAACUCAAUCCCCACAAAAUGUCCCAGAAAGAUUAGAAGAAAAUCAUGAGGAUUUCUACAGCCAGAAUGCCAAUCUAAUAUCCGUGGAGAUGCCAGUUGUGGUGGUGAACGGGAAGGAAGAUGCACACGAUGUGGAAGAGGAUCUCACCAGGAGGGUCAGUCAGUUGAGUACUGUGGAGAGCGUGGAGAUUACCAUUAAAGGCUCUGAAAAGAUAGAAGAGGCUCUGUCCCCCGAAGGGUCACCUUCCAAAUCCCCUUCAAAGAAAAAGAAGAAAUUCCGCACCCCAUCCUUCCUGAAAAAGAGUAAAAAGAAGGAGAAGGUAGAAGCGUAAGUGCAGUUCUGUUGUGAGGAGACAUUGCACAUUUUAAACCUUUAAGUUGACCAUUAACAGCGUAGUGUUAGGGGUGUGCAGUAACUGGACUUUUAACCUAAACAAGUAGAAACUGGAAGAGGUUUUGCUUUAAAGAAACCAAACAAAGAGACAAACAAGAAAACCUUUCAUGUUAAUUGCAAAUUAAUUCAUCUCUCACUUAGCUGUGUCCAAAAUUGCUAUGAGGGUUGGAAACGUUGAUUAGUUUCAUGUAGAACUACACUGGCAGGUGCUCAAUUACCAUCAUAGCAAGGUCAAAUACCAUCACAGUAUGCAGCAGCCAGUUCUGCUCAGAGUAUUUUGCAGACCUGAAAAUUUUCAGUACAGUUAAAGCCUUUAUUAAAGUUACUGUUGAGUGAUCAUAUGACUUUUUAAAACUGCUGUCUCAUUUGGAAACCAGAUCAUACAUUUUUGUAUUGUGGUUUUUGACCAUAUAUUUUAUGGUUUUGUACCCCCAUUUGAGUGGGUACAUAUUAACAGCACACCUUUGCAUCUUUUUUAAGAUUAGCUCAUAUAGAAAUAAUAUACACUGGCACAUAAUACUAGGGGAAAAACUGUGUAAGAGAAAGUUUAUUUGGAAUUAUACAAAAUGUCUAAAGAAUUCCAUUAUUCAAUAACUUUUUUGCCAAAUAUUUCAUUUUAGUGAAAUAUAAUUUUUGAAGACUUCUUUUUUAUUCUAUCAGUUGGGGUGGGGGAAACCCUUAUUUUUCAAGAAGGGGGAUUUUAUACACUUAACAUUGAUAAUUUAGUUUAACUGACAAAACAAAAAGAAGAUUUUAUAUGUUCAAAUGUUUGUAUACCAUUCAGUAUAAAGGUAUUAUAAGCAUGUGAACCAAGCAUUUAAUAGUUAGAGUGUAUUUAAGAAUGCUUGGUUUAGAGUAUACUUAAAUAUAAUUCAGGAAUCCAGGGACUUCAAAAUCAAAGGAUAAAAGCAUAUAAAAUUGAACUGGAUUCAUGUUUAAAAAUUAUUUGUGGGUUGUUCUUUUUCUCUCUCAUGGUAUUGCUAAUGAAUGAAGAAAAAAAAUCUCUUAACAUAACCAAAUGAAGGAAACAAAAAUGUUAAAAGGGAAAGUGAAAUAGUAGGGAAAUAGGAGGAGACAAAGAAAGUAAAAGUUCAGUGAUUAUUUUUUUUAAAUAUAUGAUACGGAUUGCGGGAUAUUUUUAUUAAAUCAGCAGAGUGACAUUUCCAUAUUAGAUGUUUUAAAUAAUUUGUAUGGAUUCAUGCAGAGUGCAACACUUUGGGUUUUUUCUUCAGUUUCAUUCAAGUUGUAAAAGGGUCUCGUGAAUCUGUGUUGUCCUUUGGAUGAACCCAGAGCAAAUCAGAGCCUAGUGCCAUGGGUAAGGGUGGUACUGCCACUUACUCAUUUUUACUUGUAUUGUCAUUUUAGUACUUUUACUGUAUUGUAAAUACAAACUAAACAUAGAGAUUAACAUAGGGGUUUCUUCGCUGUGUCAAAUGUCUGUAAAUCAGUCAUCCAAUAGGAAGUACAUCUUUUAAGAUCCAUGUGAUUCCCAAAUUACCGGUUGAAAUAUUAUACAAUAUAUAAUUGUUAAAUAUGGCUGGAGAGUGGUUUGGCAUGCAAAAAUGUUGAUUAUAGCAUGUUUGGGGGCUGGUUAGCUUUGACUGUGUAAGUGUGAUAAUGCAAUGUUGGAAUGGAUCCUGGAAACAAUUUUCUAGCUGUCACUAAAUACUGGAAUCAGUGUUUUUAAUCAUAGUGGAAACUUUCAGUUGCUUACUUUGUUUUUUAUGUUCUACAUUAUUUGUGUUGUAUUACAACAUAUGUAGAAACAGUAACCUGUGAACUACGCUUUUCAUAACUUUUUUAAAAAUAUAUCUAAAUGAAUGCAAUGUGCAUAAAUAUUUUUUAAAAUGCAACCGUGAACUAUUUGCACCUUUUGCUAAUGCCUCUAUUUACUUGCUUUGGCAUAAAGAAUGAGCCAGCCAACUCUUGUGUCCUGUGGAAAAUAUAUAAAUGUUAUCUGAAAUUGCUCAUAGAUGUAAUGCUAAUUAAUGUUAAAUCACAAAUAAACAGUAUUUUAAAUAGAUGGA